AAAUCGGACCCUACCCAGUUUCUUCAACUUCACGGGAGGCCUUGUAAAAUACAUUUGGACCCUGCAGUUGCUGCUGCUGGCGACAGUCCAGCAAAUAUACAUUCGCACAUCCGAGCCUACGCGCGAGAGAGCAAAAGACAACGCCAGAGUGCAGAGAGGGAGUGAGAGAGAGAGAGAGACAAACGAAACCCGCACCUCUGAAUCUUUGAAUAGAUAUACUUUAUACGUCCUCGUGGUCACUCGGGGGCGCGACACGCAAUACACCCAAUAUACCUCCUCUGGACGCUUAUGAACAUCCGCUUCUCAGAACUCCGCUUCUCUCCCGAUAAGUCAAAAUUUUAACUUUAACGUGAUUUAUAUUUAAAAAAAAAUUAAAUUUGACACUUUACUUGCAACGACGAAGGUAGGUUAGGUUGGGACCACGUGGUCUAUCGUGUUAAUUUACCAUGAAACAAUGAAAUAAAAUAACAAGGAAAAUCGACACACCCUGACUCGACCUAACAACAAUAUCCACAAAAAAAGAAAUAAUCAGGUCAUGAAGGGAACAACGAGGCAAUGCGUUGGGCCGAAGGGAACUCUAUAAGGCCAUUCCGUCGCUUGCUCAGGGCGCGUUCAUAAAACCUAAAGUCGCCACGCAACUAUCGAGGAAACUCGGAACUACACAAUCCCUACGCAACUAAGAAUUAAUUUCACAGUAAAAUUCUAAAUAUGUUAUUAAUUAACGGCGUAAUAAACAUAAUCUUUUAGUGCUGGGCGAGUUUCUCAGGUUUCCAGAACUAAACGGCUAAGAGUUUUGUGGAACUUAAAAUAUGUCAAAGUUCCUGAUUUCGAGCAAUUGGGGGGAAAAUUUGAAAUUACCACAGAAUUAAUGUGAAUUUUACAUUAUUUAUACUAGAUAAGAUUUAUCAAGAGUUUUUAAUAAUUGAAGAAAGACUAAAUUUGGUACUUUAACGCUUACUGAGGAAUCUUUGACUUAUUUCAAGAAUGUUUCGCUGAACACAGAAGCUGACAACACUCGAGUAACAGCGCUACUAUUGAGAAAAUUUUAUUAACUAAAUUAUAAACUAUUUUCAGUAACCUAAUACCAUUUACCUGAAUAUAUCAAGGCAAUGUCCCCACUAAAUCCAGAUCCCAAUCUUCCCGGGGCCUCACUUAGCAGCGCGCCACGUAGAGACUGAACUAAAACAAAACUAUAUCUAGUUCCGAUAAUCGACUACACGUUCGAUGACGUAAAUGCUUAGUACAAUCCUGGUCUGCACAUGGAUUAUAAAUUUCCGUGAAACUUACGAUGGAAAUUUUCCGAAACUGCGGUAAUUUAUCGUAACUUUAAUUUCCGAGCGGUAAAAUUCCAAAAAUUUGUAACUGGAACAGUAAAUUAAGGUCAAAAGUUAUAACUAGGAUCUAUUACCAUAAAUCCAUAAUCCACGUGAAUCCAUCUCUCUAAUUUAUAAAUCUAAAUAAUAUAUGACCUAAUUUCGAUCAACAAGAGCGCGCAUUUGAUAGCUAAUGAAAGGCUUCAUGAGCACUGGAUAAGCCCUAAGUUUACAAAAUGCGUAGGGUUACCGAUUUUACAUUUUACAAUUUCAUUAUUAGAGAGCUGUCAAUUGUCGACCGAGUGAAGAACGCUCCCUUGAUGAGAAGUUGAGGGCCGCCCUCUCGUGCUGAGAUCGGAAACUAAAGGCGUAGGAUGUCGGGAAUAUGGUCGAUGAUAAAUCAUUCACCCUGGACGUUGGUAAAUUCGGCAAACCUUUGGAAGUGACGGCUCAUCCCUUACUUCCGUGGUGUUGUUAUCAUUCUCCGAGAUUUGACAGGUGGUGGAUAUGCUAUGCAACAAACUUACCGAAGGAUGCCAUGGCAGGGAGACGAAGAUAAUCUCAUUGACCGAUUCGAUGUAAGAGCUCACCUUGACUCUGUACCUGAAGCUUCUCAAAAUAUCGACGUCGAAAUCGCUUUAACUAGUGAAGACAGACAUAUCAAUUACGAACGAUAUCGGAUUAUUGUCCAAAAUGAAUUUCUAGGAGUGACAGAGGAAAAGUUUUUACAUCAAAUACACCUGGAAGAGCAAUUUGGUUCUUCGACAAGACCAGAUGUUUUAAAAGAUAAGAAACGGUCUUGUAAUAAUGCUGCGAUUGGUUACAAUUACGAAACAGAUGAACCCCUACCCGAGACUGCGAAAGCACCUGAAUUAAUUACGACUGAUGAUAAACAAGAUGACGAAGACAGUGACAUUGAUUUAGAUAUUUGCGUGGAUGUGUCACAAAUAGAGCCUUCCCAGGCUCAUGAAAUGAAUCAAGUGGCUCAAAAAUAUGGACUACUUGGUGCUGAUUAUUUUAGCUUUCUGACGCAAGACUUCGAAGAAGCAGAAACACUUAGGCAAGCACGCAAACAAGAAGAAGAAAAAGCUAUGUACUCUGGAAGGAGAUCUAGAAGAGAAAGACGAGCGUUUAGAGAAAAGAAGAUGAUUGGUCGCGUUAUGAGUCCACCCAGUUAUGCAGCAAGAGAAAGUCCAGAGUAUAACCCUUAUAGAAAAUCAUCAUCAAAAUCGCGAUCUCGGUCCACAUCACCAGCGAAUGCGGGUCAGAUUACUUACAUAACUAGUUUUGGAGAUGAAGAAGAAGCACAUGGCAGCUCUUCUCAGAAUAUUUCUAUAAGCUCUCAGAGAGUUAAUUAUUUGCAUAAAAAAAAAAGGAGAUCGAAAAGCCCAGUAUUUUCUGGUAGGAUAGUAAAUAGAAGGCCAUCGAGAUCUAGAAGUGAUUCUCAAUCCAAGCACUACAAUUACUCCAAACUUCAUGAUGGUAAACGAAUAUCCUCGAAAUCAAGGAGUAGAAGAAGCUACAUAAGGACAAGCAAAUACACUCGCUCCAGGAGCCGUUUAAGAUGGUCACGAUCGCGCUCAUGGGGAAGAAACAAGUCAAGCAGAAGCAGAUCUCGAUCCAAAUCCAGAUCGACUUCGCGUUCGACAUCCAAAUCGAGGUCGCGUUCACGGCAAAGGAGAUCCAAAUCAGCGAAGUCAAGUAGUUCGGUCAGAUCCAGGUCAAAAUCCCAUUCCAAAUCUAUAACAAGAUCCAGUUCGAGAUCAAGGACUAGGUGCAGGUCUCAAAAUAGGAGUCCGGCCAGGGGUAGCUUUCGCCGAAGACAUUAUUCUGAGUCCGAUUCAAGAUCUAGGUCGAAAUCAAGAUCUAGGUCUAAAUCAAGGAGCAAGUCGCAAUCUAGAUCCACAAGCGCCUCUAGAAGACGAUCUAGAAGUGCUGAAAACAACGUUCCUACUUUACCAAGGUAUUAUGGUCGACGUGGGAAGUCUUCUAGUCUAGAAUUGGAGCUGUCUGAUAAUGAAGAGAAAUCUUCUUCUGCUACAAAGCCUUCGACAAAUAUUACAAGCAUGAACAAGCCAAAAGCAGGGUUAAGUACAAAUUCUGGUGGCGGGCACAAAUCGAUGAAACGAACACCUCAAGAGCGUCUUAAGAAGAAAAUGCAAGCCUUACUAAAUAGACAAUAUAAAGCUGACAAAAAGGCUGAGCAGCUACGUAUUGAAAAAAUGGAGCAACAAAGACAGGAUCGUGAAGAUGAAAUUCGAGAAAUGUCGCUGAAGCUUCGCCGAAAGCAGCGAGAGAGACGUCAUCGUUAUGAGGGAGGUCAUACCUCGGAUUCGGAUUCCUCGAAUUCAGAAUCACCUAGCCCAGGGCGUAGUCCUCGAAAUCAAGCUACAACCAGAGAUCGAAGAAAUCGAGAUCAUAAAGACACCGAGGUCGAAAACGAUAAUGAGAGAGAUCGAGAAGACAGAGAAAAAAAAAGGCAGAGCUCACGGAGGCGUCAAAGAGAAGAAUCUCCUUACCGUUAUUUAUGUCCAAAAAGUGGCCGCUGAGCCUAACAUUUGAAUGAAAAAACAGACAAGCAAUAAUAUAAAAAAUUGUGUAAAAAAUCUUCGUCUAUAUCUAUUGAUCAACUCACUGACGGUGGAAGUGCUUUCGAACAUGAAUUAUUUUAAAUGUGUGAUAAUUCGAAAGCGUUCUGAUGGAGAACACUCUGAAAUUUUAAUACUUACAAAUUUUUGUUAUUUUCCAGUUACAAUACUUUAAUCA